CGAUCGUCUCAAGCUCAAAACUUGGAUCACCACUCACUCUCUCACAUUGAUCGUCAACAAACCAACAAGAAGCAAGCCACAUCGCAAGACUACCUCACUCUUCUGUCUUCUCAUUUCGUCAAGAUGCUCCUCAAGACAUUCAUCGCCCUCCUUCCGGGCUUUGCUGCUCUGGUCAGCGCUGCUCCCACCCUCGGCGCGUUCAAGCAUGACCCUGACAACAACGGCACCCACGUUUUCAACAGCGAUGGCUUGCCCCACAUGUUGUUCCACGACUGCAAAGGCGAUAAAUACGUGACCAAGACUACUGCCGCCUCCCCGCUCGUCGAUGACUGCCGCUACAUCGCGGACGUGAUCAUCCCCGACUUUGACCACACCCCCAUCUGCUGGUCCUGGCACGACACCAUUCCCAGAGAGAUUCUCAGCCACGGCACCUGCGCUGUCAACAUUGCCAGCAAGUACGACGCACAGCCGAAUGGUGUCUUGAUCGAUCUGUGCAACAAGGACAUUCAGGACUUCAUCCACUACUCGAUUGACAACUUCAGCUGGACCACGCCCGAUGGCCGUCUCGUUGUCGGCGCCGAGGGCUACGCCAAUUGCCCUAGCGACUUUCCUGGCCGCUGGGCCGCCGCCAUUUACGGUCUUUACCACACCUAAGCUGAGUUGGAGCCAAGUCAUCGCUGAGCAAAAGCUGCAGGCAGCACAUUACCAACGGUUUACCACGAUACACUGAGCGUCUGCUGGCAGCACCGCAGCCUGAUUUCACUGGCGUCGGAGUUCAUUUCUGGGGCGGCGGGAUCUUGUACGGAGGGCUUCCUCUCACUUUUCUUUGCAUGGACAGAUAGUAUGGGGCACAUAUCAUGCUUGGGUUGUUCAACAAACAUAGGUUGCGUAUGGCAUAUGUUGACAUUUGAGAACGGGUUUUCUACACUGGAUGCAUAUGCCAGCUGGGUAUAAUGACGGGCGAUAGGGCACUUCAAAUUAAUCUGAGAUUGGUUUGAACAAGUAGUCAGUGUAUCUUGCGCUUGUGCAUUGGUACCUGACAGGUGGUAGUAGGAGAUCAAAGUCUCAUGGAGGUUACACUCUUGGACGGGCUUCCAUUCAUCACACAUAGUUUCAAUCAAGUUUUUUGCCCUCCCCC